AUGACCCCAUUAGGAAAUAAAUCUGUCCUCAAAGCACCCAUCCAUAACUUCAACGAAGAAAACUUCUACCUAAUCACUAAGGAAGGAGAGCAAGGGCAACUGCCUGUGCUGAUUUUGAGCAAGAAAGAAAGCACACAUUCGAAAAGACCAGCUGUUGUUUUUCUACAUAGCUCACAUACAUGCAAAGAGUGGGUACGCCCUUUACUUGAGGAUUAUGCUUCACGUGGAUAUAUUGCAGUUGCCAUUGAUUCUCGUUACCAUGGAGAACGUGCCAAAACCCCCACCGCCUAUGAAGAUGCUCUGGUUUCAUCAUGGAAAAAAGGUGAUACAAUGCCAUUUAUAUAUGACACGGUGUGGGACCUUUUAAUGUUGGCAGAUUAUCUAACCGCAAGAGAAGACAUAGACAAUUCCAAGAUAGGAAUCCUUGGGAUGUCACUUGGAGGAAUGCAUGCAUGGUUUGCUGCUUUUGCUGAUACACGUUAUUCAGUGGUUGUCCCCAUAAUUUCUGUUCAGAGCUUUCGGUGGGCCUUAGAUAAUGAUCAAUGGCAUGCUCGUGUGCACAGUAUUAAGUCUGUGUUUGAAGAAGCAAGGAUUGAUUUAGGGAAGGAUACCAUUGACAAAGAGGUUGUAGAAAAGGUUUGGAACAUAGCUGAGUUUGACUCAGAUCAUACAGUACCAGUCAUUGCAGUACGCCCUUUGUUGAUUAUAAACGGUGAAGUCGAUCCCCGUUGCCCACUAGAAGGUCUUGAUGCUACCAUAUCAACAACACAAAAGGCUUUCGACGCCCAUUCUUUGACUCAUUUCAAGGUGAUAGUCGAACCAGGAAUUGGACAUGAAGUGACGUUAUCAAUGCUUAAAGAAGCGAGUGAUUGGUUUGACAAGUUUCUCAAACCGUAGAAAUUUCUCAUGCAUGUGUAUGUAUGAUACCUUUAGGCCCUGUUUUUAAGCUCUGCU